AUCCAAUGGCUUGCACGACUCUGUCAUCAUCACCAUCAACACAAGGCAGUCGCGCUCCGGUCUGGUCACUUGGCGCAGUCCGGCAAUAAUAUGAGCGACGACGAGGCAGACCCUGAGUUGCUGGAACUCCUCCGCCAAAGACUGGGCAUCUCUUCACGACCCAGGGAUGAAAUCUCAAGCGACACAGGCGUUCUCCGUAACGCUGAGUUCAUCUACAAUAAUGCCAUCGAUGUGUCGAUUGACAUGUACGGCACGAAAGCGGCGGCAGAGAGCAUUUAUCAGAUGAUGCAAGAACGCGGAUACUCGACGGAGACCUGGAGUCAGCAUGAACUCCAUCCCAAGAUGAGUGAAGGGUUUACGGAACUCGACAUCGUCAACUUUGUCUUUACGAUGGACUUGCAGAAUUAUUCCUUUUGGUCUGAACUUCCGAGCGAAGAACGAUACCAAGUGGAGUAUAGAGGUAGAAGAUGGACUGGCUACAACAGCUUAGUGGCCUGCUUGCGACGAGCACUGGACGAGGGCAUUCCUAUUACUACGCCGCGCUUCUGGCGGAGUCGGCAAUGCACAGACGAACUGCUGAGACGUGUCUUUCGCUCUGCCACGGCAGAGCCAAUUCCCUUGCUUGAUGACCGAAUUGAAAUGCUUCGAGAGUCGAGUGACAUAUUGCGCCGGCAGCCGGACUAUGCUGUUAUGCGGCUCAUCCAGAAAAGCGACGGGUCGGCUGGCAAGCUAGUCAAUUUGCUGGCUCACCACUUCCCUUGCUUCCGUGACGAGACACGAUUCGAGGGGCGCAGAGUGCGGCUCCUCAAACGUGCGCAGAUCUUGGUGGCUGACUUGUGGGCGGCGUUGAAUGGCAGUGGACUGGGUGAACUCCACGAUAUUGAUCACUUGACCAUGUUUGCAGGUGCGAACCUUAUUGCGCUUCUUUAUCUUAUCGACUGUCUAGUACGUAGUUGGACAUUAAGUAGUAUAAGGGAGGGUAGAAGUAUACAGCAUAAGCAAUCUCAAACCUUAGAAUAUCGCUCAGGGUGCAGCAUCUGGGCCGUCGAGCUGAUUCGAAGAGAGAUUCUCAGCAGUCAUCACGAAGCCACAAACAUCAACGCUGUGCUAAUCGACUUCUUCUUGUACGACUUGGCCAAGGAGCGGGACAGGCAAGGGCAACACGCGAUUCCCCACCAUCGAACCAGAAGCAUUUGGUACUGA